AUGUCGGAAUCCACGCCGACAAAGGCCAUUGCGCCGACGGCCAACACCAACGCCAACCCCAACAAGCGCAAGGAAAGCAAAAGAGUGAUGGAAGCGCAAAAGACCUACGGCCGCGGCAAGGGCAUUCACACCCACAGCAUCCGGGACAAGAAGCUGCGCAGCAACCUGAAGGCCGUUGAAGCUAAGUUCAAGGAGGCCGCGCUCCGGGCCAAGGAUGCGGAGAUCCUGCUGGAACACGAGGCCGGAUUCAUCGAGACCGAGGGCGAGUUGGAACGGACGUACAAGGUCCGUCAGAGCGAUAUCCGGGAUAACGUGGGCAUCGAAACGGCCAAGAAGGGGUUCGAGCUGAAGUUGACUGACAUGGGCCCCUACCGCUGCGACUACACGAGGAACGGCCGCGAGCUGCUGCUGGCGGGCCGCAAGGGCCAUGUUGCGACGAUGGACUGGCGGAACGGCAAGCUGGGCUGCGAGUUGCAGCUGAAUGAGACUGUCCGGGAUGCCCGGUGGCUGCACAACAACCAGUACUUCGCCGUCGCGCAGAAGCGAUCCGUCUACAUCUACGAUCACGCCGGUGUGGAGCUGCACUGCCUGAACAAGCACCUCGAGCCGCUCUUCCUCGAAUUCUUGCCCUACCAUUUCCUUCUCGCUAGCGCGCAAAUGAGCGGCUACCUCAAAUACACCGACACCUCGACCGGUCAAAUGGUGGCCGAGCUUCCCACGCGCAUGGGAGCGCCGACCUCCCUCGCCCAGAACCCCUGGAACGCCAUCCUGCACGUCGGCCACCAGAACGGCAGCGUGACGCUGUGGUCGCCGAACUCGCAAACCGCGUUGGUGAAGGCGCUCGUGCACCGCGGCCCGGUGCGCUCGAUGGCGAUCGACCGCCAGGGCCGGUACAUGGUGUCGACGGGCCAGGACCAGAAGAUGAACGUGUGGGACAUCCGGAUGUUCCGGGAGGUGCACUCGUACUCGUGCCACCAGCCGGGGGCGUCGGUGGCGAUCAGCGACCGCAACCUGACGGCGGUGGGCUGGGGCACGCAGGUCAGCGUGUGGCGCGGGCUGUUCGACGCGGCGCAGGCGGACCAGGGCAAGGUGCAGAGCCCCUACAUGGCGUGGGGCGGCGACGGGCAGCGGAUCGAGAACAUGCGCUGGUGCCCGUUCGAGGAUGUGCUGGGCGUGGGCCACGACCAGGGCUUCGCCAGCAUCAUCGUCCCCGGCGCGGGCGAGCCCAACUUCGACGCCCUGGAGGCGAACCCCUACGAGAACACCAAGCAGCGCCAGGAGGCGGAGGUGCGCGGCCUGCUCCACAAGCUGCAGCCGGACAUGAUCUCGCUCGACCCCAGCUUCAUCGGCAAGCUGGACACGAUCCGCGACCAGAAGAACCGCGAGGAGCGCGACCUCGACCGCAAGCCCGAGGACCCCAUGGAGAAGCUCAAGAACCGCGGCCGCGGCCGCAACAGUGCCCUGCGCAAGUACCUCCGAAAGAAGGGCCGCCGCAACGUCAUCGACGAGAAGCGGGUCAAGGCGGAGUUGCUGCACAAGGAGCGCACCGCGCGGGCCAAGGACAAGCUGCGGGCCGAGCGACAGGAGUUGGGGCCUGCUCUGGCUCGCUUUGCGAAGAAGGAGAUGUGA